AUGCCCCCAACCCAGGAACACAACCCUUUCGACGAGAUGCACGGGCAGGCAAAUGUCAUUUUGCCUUCAUCUCAAGACCUCGAGUCUCCCGAGAAAUCAGAGUCAACCAAUGCCACCCAGGAUGAAUGGAAGCCGACGUUUAAUCGUCGCCAGAGCUGGAGUAAUGAGGACCGGAAGCAUCAGCUGCAAGGACAGUUGCUUGGGUCCGGACAGGGCAGCGAGAUGGGGUUUACGGAGGCGCAUAGGGAGCUUCGCGACCUGAAUGAGCGAGCCUGGGCAGGCGAAUCCGACGUAUUCAACACGAGCAAAUCCCUCGAUUCGGCGCUGAAAAAGAACACCGCCUUUAUCAAGCGGCUUCGGACAGGAAUCAGUGCCUCCGCCCUGUCCACUUUCCUCGCUGACAUUCGUACCUUGUCGCUUCACAAGUACCUCUCCGAGAUCAUUUCCGCCUGCUAUGAAGGACUGUGCAAGCUCAAAUCACCCGGAGAAAUCGCCGCAGGGGUUGAAGUCGUCAGCGCGCUGCACCAGCGAUUCGGACCAUGGGAGUUCACGCGACAGAUUGGCUGGCUGCUCGGCCGCGGUCUGAGCACACCGGAUAAGGCACAGUUGAAGGCUUUGACGCAGGAGAUUCGCGAACGGGAAGAAAAGGACCGAUUGUCUCGUCAUCGCGUUCUUCUCAGGGUUAUUACGGAGCUCUGGCUGGUUAAUGUUCUCAAGACUCUGGAUGACGUCGAGCGGCCUGAAGAUCUAGGCGCGAAGGGCAAAGAUGGUGCCGUUGGCAUCGGGGGCAAGACAUCAGACGCGCUUCUCAAGGCUAAAUCGCCUGCCGUGGGAACGAAGGACCAGGACAAACAAGCCGAACCGUUCCCAUUGGAGGUUCUGAAGGAAUUGCUCGGACAUGACCGCGACCAUACCAAUUUGCCGCUUGCUGUGCUCUUCGUGAAGAGUUUCAGUUGGGAUAUUGUUGGCUCGAAGCUCGCAGAAGAUGGAAGGAAGACUGUUGAGGCGGAUGGUGCCACGACUUCCAGCGAUGCCCAGGCCGAUAGUAAUGGCGAAUCGAAUGCCGAAGCUGACCUUCCUCUGACCCCUGAGAAGACUCAGCAGCGAUUCCGGAACAUCUUGAACCGGUACCUCGACGACGUUAAGGCGCAUGUUGUUCGGGACCAGAGAGCACUGGCAGCGCAGAACCGCCGCAACGCUGAAGCUUAUGUGAAGAGCGGCGAGAUCUUUGAGGACCGUCAAGCCAACUUUGAAAAACAGACGAAAUCCUUGGAGAAGCUUGUGGCCAACACCCAGGUGCUAUGUGAGGCUCUGGGGACCGAGAUGCCUGAUCUUGUUGAGAAAGAGACCACCGAUGCUUCGGCCAGCGGUGGAAUUGGCCUUGUUAAGACCGCUGAUUACCUGCGCGGCCAGGGUGAAGGUGCAGGGAUAUGGGAAGACGAAGAAGAGAGACGGUUUUACGAGAAUCUUGUCGACUUGAAAGGGAAGGUGCCGGCGAUGUUGCUAGAAGACGGCAAGAAGAAGAAGAGUGAAGCAGAUGAGAGUGGAAAGAAGACUGAGGGCGAUACUAAUGACUCGAUAGAGGCUUCGAAUGAGAAGUCCUCCGUUGAGGCAGAUGAUCAAUCGACGACAAUCGCGAGUAAAACUGUGGGCGCUCAGGUGGAUUCCCUUUUGGCGAAGCUUUCUGAGCUGCAGACCAAGGAUCAAGUCGACCAGUUUGCUCUGGAUUUCUGCUGGGUCAACUCAAAGGCUUCACGAAACAGACUGGUCAAGGCUGUGUCAGAUAUCCCAAAGGGCCGCAUUGAUCUUCUGCCGUUGUACUCUCGCCUGGUUGCAACCCUUGGACAGUAUCUUCCCGAUAUCCCGCAAGGAAUUACCACCUACCUCGACGAGGAGUUCCGAAGUCUACAGCGGCGCAAAGCAAAGGAGUUCCUUGGUCAAGUACGCAUGGGAAAUGUGCGCUAUCUAGCGGAACUCACAAAAUUCGGCGUGGUCCCAGAGCACAUCAUCUUCCAUUGUUUCAAGGUUUCACUCGAUGACUUUUCACGCAUGAACAUCGAGAUCAUCGGAAACCUGCUAGAAAACUGUGGUCGUUACCUGCUGCGCAACCCAGAAACAUCACCCCGGAUGGCAUCCUUCCUGGAGACCCUGAGCCGCAAAAAGGCCGUGCAACAUCUCGCCCAGCAGGAACGUAUGGUCAUCGAGAAUGCAAUCUACUACGUGGACCCGCCACCACGCCCAGCCAUCCAGCAGAAGGAACGUACCCCCAUGGAGCAGUACAUCCGCCGGUUGAUCUACCUGGAUAUGAACAAGCGCAAUUACACCAAGAUUCUGAAGGCUAUUCGCAAACUUCACUGGGAGGAACAGGAGGUUGUGGAAAUCCUGGAACGCGUGUUCAGCAAACCUGUCAAGGUCAAAUAUGGCAGUAUCCACCUUCUAGCGAUUCUCGUCAGUGCCUUGUACCGAUACCACCAAGACUUUGUCAUCGGAAUUGUCGACAACAUCCUGGAGCAGAUCACACUUGGCUUGGAGCAGAACGACUUCAAGUUCAACCAGAAGCGCAUUGCAGAAGUGAAGUACCUGGGCGAGCUCUACAACUACAAGAUGAUUGAUUCCCCGGUCGUUUUCGAUACGCUGUACCGCAUCAUCACCUUCGGCCAUGAAGGUGGUACACCGGUUCCUGGAAGAAUCGCCAUGCUCGACUUGCCUGAUGAUUAUUUCCGUCUACGCUUGGCAUGUACGCUUCUCGAUACAUGUGGCCAUUGCUUUGAUCGUGGCUCGGCUAAGAAGAAGCUCGAUUUCUUCCUUUCGUUCUUCCAGUAUUAUCUUUUUACCAAGGAUCCCCUGCCCAUGGACGUGGACUUCCUUGUCCAGGAUACGUUUUCGUCUAUCCGCCCCCAAUGGAAGCUAGCCACAGAGGUCGAAGAAGCGACAAGAAUUUUCAGCGAGGCUGUUGCCCAGAAUUACAACGUACAAGAUUCGGAGAGACCGGUGGAAGCAGACAUUGAGGAAGAAGAAGCGGAGAGCAGUUCGUCCGAUGAGGGUUUUGAAGAUGAUGCAAUCCCUGACAUUGAUGAAGAGCAGGAAUCGAGUGACGAAGAAGAAGUGAGCACACCCCCUGCUCACUCUCAAGGACCCCAAAUUUCUGACAAACCCCAGGCUUCCGGACCCAACCAGGAUGUGAAUGAAGACAGCGAAAGCGAAUCCGAGGACGAGCAGAUUAUUGUCACCCGACAGGAGGAGGAGCGAGACCCUGCCACCGAGGCCGAAUUCGAUCGCGAGUUCGAGAAGAUGAUGGCCGAGAGUAUGGAUUCCAGACGAUUUGAGCGCAAGACCGUUUUCGAUAUCCCCCUGCCUAUGAAGCGGCCUCCCCGUGAGAACAUGCCUAGCGAUUCGAGUCCCGAGCCUGUUCCAGCUGUCCCGGUUGCACCGAAGACAAUGGCAUUCUCUCUAAUGACAAAGAAGGGCAACAAGCAACAGACCCGCACCAUCGACCUCCCAUCAGACUCGACCUUCGCCAUCGCCAUGCGAAGCCAACAACAAGCAGACCGUGAAGAGCAACAACGCAUCAAGAACCUGGUCCUGAACUACGAGGCCUCAAACGAGCCCGAGCCCGCAGAAGCAGCGCAGGAAAAGCGCGCCCCGACCAGCCAGCGGAUGGACAAGGCCGGCGCCAACCGCUCUGCUUUCCGGUCUCGCAAACUCCAGCUCAGCGAUGUCAACUGGUAA